GUUUAUUCCACAAGUAAAUGAGGUGAGAUCAGAUUAUUAGCAAAGCAAACAUAGUCGAGGUCGCCACCCUGCAGACAAUUAACAAACGAACAGCGAGUAAUUAAUACGGAUAAGCCGCGCGCUCGCGAACUUCGUAUUUUCCGAGGCCACCCAAGAGAGUUCACGAUGGCCGCUUAUGAGUAUUGUAAAGCCGACCCGCGAGGGAGCAUUGCUCUGUAUUUCCGGAUUAUUUGUAUAUGGAAAGGAUCCUUUCCGACCCGGUUAGCAUUGCAAAUAAGCCGUGUUUAAUGCGAUUAUAUGUACAACGCAAUUAAUCAAAAUAAUAUCGUAAACUUAAUUUGCCUGCGCGAAAUCGAAUGACCGGUUGUACAGAUUACAUUCGUGGUUGUAAUAUGAGGGUGCUGAGCUUCGUAGUAGCGGAGUUGUUUGUAUUUCUUUCUGCCAGACGAGCGGCAGGUGCUAGGCGGUGUGUAUGUUUGCAUCGUGACGUCAUCCAGCCGUAGAAAUUUGGGUUUCUUCACGAGGCAUUCGACUGUUGACUGUCGGGUUUUAUAUCAGAGCAAGAAGGUGUCAGUACUUAAUGAUUCAUGAGCUAGAAAAGACGACAGAGUAGAUAACAUAUUGCCAGCGACGAAAAUAUAUCAACGUGCUUGUAAAAGCGAAUUCGGCACCAGCCCUUUGCUAGAGAUGGCGGUUGCUUUGAAGAAUAAUAUUUACAGCGAAGGAACAACGAAGUCGACUCGCUGGUUGUCACAGCGGCUCGUCAGUCCCCUUAAUUACGGCGUAUCUUGUAAUUAGCUGGCUCGAUGGCUUGCAAACGGCACCACCGCCCUCACCGGCGGCGACCGGUUGAAUGUUAGUGUCAGGGGUCAGCCUACAGUGUUCGCGCUUACUUGGCAGGUCGUUGUCCUGCCUAUUCUAACCCACAUUAUCAGCUUAGUGGUUCGAAAGUGAGGCACGAAAUCCUGUAAUUGGCCAACCUUCCGUACGACCGCUUUAAUAAUGGAUAGGUUUUUAACCGAGGGUUUAUGGAUUUGAAUCAACUGACAGAGCGUUUGCAGUUCACCGCAAUGCAUCUCGUAAGGCUUAAAAAGCGAAAUAUUAAAAUUCUGAAUUCUAUUUUUCAGGUGCUUGUCAAAACUCAAUAAAAAGUGAUUUAUUAUUUAUUGGAAUUAAGCCGAGUCGAAAAAAAUUGUAAAAAGGUGGAAUUAAUAAAAGGCAAGAAACUGAAAGGGCCAAACUAUGAGCGCAUUUCUACUUGUGUUAAGUGUCGUGACGUCACUGCUGACGUCAUCAUGCGUGGGAACUACUGGCGGCAUCAAAAUUGUUCAUCUUUCCGAAGAAUCGCCAAUCGGAACCACUGUGGCGAACGCCGUUGAACUAAUGGACUUGGGAGCAACAACAACUACGUUCAAACUGUUCAGUCAAAAACUUCUCACCCCGAACCCCACUCCUGCUCGACAGCGCCAAAACUGGCUCACUGUGGACCCCAACACGGGAAGCGUGGUUCUCCAAAACCGUGUGGACCGCGAGAAAAUGUGCGGAGAUUCGAUCAAGUGCGGAAUUCAUUUACAGGUGUUUGCAGUAAAGGAAAAGCAACUUAUGCAUCUGAACGUUGUUAUCGAUGAUAUAAACGACAACCCCCCGGUUUUCCCUUCCAAGUCGAUCAUGGUCAACAUUUCCGAAAGUGCGGCUAUACAUGACGUCAUUAGUCUGGAUCGCUUUUUGGCCUCAGAUGCUGAUAUCGGAAACAACUCUCAGCUAAGAUACUCAAUCAGUGAAAACGAUUUCUUCAUGUUGGAGCAACUUGUUGACGAAACGAACACCAUGCAUUUACAACUUAAACUUCUAAGAAAACUCGAUUACGAAAGGAAUUCUUUCCAACGAUUGACGCUUUCAGCUCGAGACAGAGGAGUUCCCAUAAGAAGCAGCCAUGUACAACUCAGAAUACGAGUAACAGAUGACAACGAUAAUGAUCCAAUUUUCGAACAGCUGGAAUAUUCUGUCACUUUGCUCGAAAAUUUACCUUCUGGUCACGUGAUUGCACGCGUACAAGCUCACGACGCUGAUUCUGGGGCUGCGGGUCGACUCCGCUACUCCAUCUCGCGGCGGAAUAAAGCAACCGCGCGAAACCUAGUUAACAUAAACGAGAUAAACGGUGACGUCGUUCUUAGGCAGAAACUUGACCGAGAAUCACAUAACGGAUUACGCGUCCUAAUCGAAGCACGUGACUCUACCCCAACCAAUCAGCGCAUCGGACGAACUUGGUUGGUCAUUCGAGUUGAUGACGUCAAUGACAACAUUCCAGUGAUCAGCGUCAACUAUAUAUUGGCAUCAAAUGAGAAUACAGUUUACGUCAAAGAGGACGCCAUGGUAGGCUCGUACAUCGCAUACGUCACAGCAAAAGACGACGACUCCGGUAUCAACGGGGAAGUGACGUUACGUUUGGGUCAAAGUUCAACUGAUGACGUUGAUGUUCCUUUCGAACUUACCGACGAAGGAUUUAUCGGAAUAACUGGAGAGCUUGAUCGUGAGGAUAAAGGUCGAUACGUUCUGAUGGUACGAGCUUGCGACCUGGCUGUCCCACCACAGUGUUCAACGCAAGGAAUCACCGUAGUUUUACUUGACGUUAACGACCAUACACCAACAUUUCCUUCACAAAAGAUUAAUCUGAUGAUUAAAGAAAACGCCGAAGUUGGAACAAUAAUCACAACGUUUCAUGCGGAAGACGAUGACGCAGUUAACCCGCCUUCGUUGGUGGCUAAUGACGAAGGGGAAAUAGUUCCUUCAACAAACGGUGACGUUCGAUACUCCACCAAGAACAAUGAUGAAACUUUCUCUAUUGAACCAAGAUCUGGAAAGUUGUCGCUUGUUCGGCCAUUAGACCGGGAAACAGUUCACGAAUAUAAGAUCACUGUGAUUGCAAGAGACGGAGGUGGUUCUUCCGCCCUACAAAGCACUUGUGAGUUAAUGCUCACUGUAACUGAUGUGAACGACAACUCGCCCUUCUUCACCAACCCAAUCAUCGACAACAAGACAGUUUAUGCAACCAUACUGCGGGAUGAUGUCAUUAUGAGGAUUCAGGCUGUGGAUUACGACAACGGUAGAAACGGUGAAGUGAAAUACAGGAUCGUCACCGAAGACGGAAGUUCAUGGCCCUCCCUUUUCAUGGUGGACGCUAUUUCUGGGGAUUUGAGGUUGAAUAUGAGCAGAAGCAACUUAGAAGAAGAACUUGGGAUGCAUACCAUCGUUGUUGAGGCACAAGACAACGGUACGCCACCCUUGUCAGUUGAACGCACGAUCCAAAUUAAUGUAAUGAAGGCAAUGGUACUUCCUACCGUGUUACCAACUGGGACGGUGAAGCCAACGUUUUCAUAUUUCAUUAUCAUUAUUGGUGCUUUGGCAGCUUUUCUCUUUAUUUUGAUUCUUGUAAUCGUCGGAGUGGUGAUGAAAUGUCGGAAAAAUAGAAAACAAGCUCGAACUUAUUCCUGCCGCAAGGGGUCGAUGGAGAGCAACGAAUGGUGCAGAACAUCUGUUAGUAGCAUGAGACCCAACUUAACUUUGACGAUUAAAUCUUUGUCACGAGAGGGCAGUGUUGGCCACGGGAGUGCAGUGUGGAGUCAGACAACAUCGAACAGAAACGAUUCUUUCAAUAAGGGAUCUCUCAAUGACGUAACAAUCGUACCUCGUAGUGACGUCAUGAACCGGUCAUUUCGAUCUUCCAGCAAGAGUCUUUGUCGUCCACUCAUGGCAUCCUAUGACGCUCAGAAUCCAGGAUCGAAGAAUUUCUCAGCUCCCCAUUUGCCAACUCUGUCGCACGAUGGCGAUAGUGGGCGAGGUGACAGCGACCCGGAUGCAGCAAGCUGUGAUGCAACAUAUGAACAAGACUUCUACAAAGUUCAACACAACUCAUCUGUUCGGUCAAGAAAUAAUUCACGAGAAAUGGAAUAUGGUCAACUAAGCCCUAACUGCUCGGCUCAAUGCUUGGAGUUUGGACACAGCGACACUUGUUGGAUGCCGAGCACCAGUAAUGGUAUAAGCACCCCACAACCCCCAGCGGCCAACCCCCCAGCUCCUCUCUACGUUGAACUUUGUCCUCCAACGUCACGCCACCACCAUUACUACAGCAACCCCGACACCACGAAGCACCAAUACAACCAAAUCGACCCGGUACAAAACUUAGAAACCAUCCACGAGACCAAACCUCUCCGACACUACUGGCCCUACCCCGCAUCUGAGCUAAGCUCCAUAUACUCCAACGCAAUUGUCAAUUCGAACGGACAAUACAUGAAAGAGGGGUACGGGAUGGGUUACAGCAUCCCCCCGAUGCGUCAACCACUUCAGCAUCCGCGUGACUUUCUCCUCCCGCCUCCCGAUCUCCAUCCUCGUCUCAGUCCUAUCUCAUCACUUUCCUCCGUGGCGUCACCAACGUCAGAAGUUUCGAGAAGAAGUCAUUACAUCACCAGGCGUGAGAUGGAACCAGAAGCGAAAGAAACUCGUUCAACGACUUCGCUCUCAACCCCAUCUUCACCGAGCAAGUCAGUCCCAAGUAUGCCACGAAGCGCCUCCGCUGACAUUUUAGACGCAGAGUCGGAACCGCUGUUUCAUCGUGACUCUGCCCCUUGGAGUCCGGAAAACCGCAACAGAAAAAGUAGCGUGCGCGAAACUAAAAACGUGUUAAACUCGUGAUUACGGUGUCCUUACAUAUUCGGUCAUUUUCUAUUGUUUAUUUGACGCUGUUACGUCGUUCCUUUUACAGAAAACGGAAUAAAAAGGAUUUACCCUAAAAA